GAGAGAGCGAGAGAGAGAGAAGAAAGGAAAGGCAAGGCAAGGCAAGGCAAGGCAGCAGCUCCACGCCACUCCUUUGUUUUAGGAAAUCGCUCGAAGACUGGAAUGAUGCAUCGCGUUUCUCUCGCCGCCUGUUUUUAAAGGCGAACUUGACCAUUUUGCAUUUAAUUUGGUGGAAAAGCGUUUGAGCUGCGACACCUUCAGCCGCAUUAAGCGUUUCCUCCGCGUUCGCCCUGCAUGCGCUUAGACUCGUUUUUCUCCACCGUUUUGCGUUCCACGUCGCGGGCUCCUCUCAUCUACCGAAGCGUUCCGAAGCUCCAGGCCCGAGACACUCGCUACUCUUCAAAGGCCUUUAAUGCGGCACAUUGUAACGGGUUUCCACGCGUCAGAUGAGCGUCGGUUCUGAUCCAUAAAGCGUCUACCAGAACAUCUCGCCUGCGCUGUUCGCUCUUCAUACGCAGCGUCUGCGGCCCUCUUCAAUGUUAAUGUCGACCGACGUCGCAUCUGUAAUGCUGCCCGUGAGCCACGGGAUCCUGGAACACGACCGGGAUCUGGACUCUGGUUCGGCGGCGGUUCGGGGGAUGAAGCGCGGGGACCCGGAGCCAGAGGGCGCCGCGGCGGCGGGGGAUUCGGUCGGGGCGGAAUGCAAACGAGCGCGGAUGGACGGAACCGGAGAGACCGGACAGGGUUCACAGGACACGAUGGGAGCUUUGGAGGGCGUCAUGGCUCCGUUCUCCUCCUUCCCUCCUCCUCCUCCUCCUCCUCCUCCUCAGAACGGCCUGGUGCUGGAGUUUGGGGGCGGCAGCAUUUACUCCGCAGGGGGGCAAACGGAGGCCCCGGCAGGAGCCAGCAGCACCUCCUCCUCUAACCCCAGCGCUCAACUGUCAGACAGAUCUACUCAGGCAGAAGUUCAGUGUGUUUCUGUUGGCGCUGCGGGCAGCAACGAGUCCUCCGAGGCCAAAGGAACCCCGAAACGGCUCCACGUUUCCAACAUCCCCUUCCGCUUCAGAGACCCAGACCUGCGGCAGAUGUUCGGGCAAUUUGGAAAGAUUCUGGAUGUGGAGAUCAUUUUCAAUGAGAGGGGCUCAAAGGGCUUUGGUUUUGUGACGUUUGAGGGCAGUGCAGAUGCAGAGAAAGCACGAGAGCGUCUCCACGGGACCAUCGUGGAGGGACGGAAGAUCGAGGUCAACAACGCUACGGCUCGAGUGGUGACCAAUAAGAAGAUGGUUAGCCCAUAUACUAACGGAGAAGGUCUCAGCACGCUGCCCUACGCGGGGUGGAAAUUGAGUCAUAUGAUGAACGCGAUGUACGCACCGGAGCUCUACGCAGGUGAGACGCAAACGGAUUUUCCACUUUCCUAUCGCUACACCCAGCCGACGGCGGUAGCGAGUCCCACAGCAGCGGCGGCAGCGGCAUACAGCGACAGCUACGGUCGCAUGUACACGGCAGAUCCGUAUGCGGCUGCGCUAGCGGCUUCUCCAGCGGCAGCGGCGGCGGCAGCAGCGUAUGGAGUCGGCGCGAUGGCCACUCUCUACAGAGGAGGAUACAACCGGUUCUCACCAUAUUAAUACACUUCCAGAUUCGCUGUCUCUCUGAAACUUCACCAACGGCUGCUGACCUCGGAGGGAAAAAUCCAAUCACACUCUUGGACAAAAACAAAAAAAA